UUGUCUGACUUGGAAAGGUAGAAAAAGGAGACAAGUAAUUUAAAGGGGUGGUUACUUUAUUAUUUUACUCAUUACGGUGUUAGAACCUGAAAGAAAGAAAGAAAGAAAGAGAAAUGGAAGGGAUUGAAGGAGAAAGCAGCAACAAGGGUUUUGGAAGCAGCAGCAGCAAGUACACUCUGCAACCCUCACGAAUCAACAAUGAAGAUAUCCUAUUCUGUGUGGAUAUUGAUCCUCAAUCCAUGGCCGAGAUGAAGGGUGCUACUGGACCUAAUGGAAGACCCCUCACCCGUUUAGAUGCCAUCAAGCAAGCCAUCAUUCUCUUUGUCAACGCCAAACUCACCAUCAAUCCUCAGCAUCGGUUUGCUUUUGCUACUCUCUCCAGUUCUGUCUCAUGGUUGAAGAAAGAGUUUAGCAGUGAUGUUGAGUCAACUAUUGCAGCAAUGCGAGCGCUUACAGCUACUAAAUCUAGCAGUCAACCAGACCUUACUACUUUGUUUCGACUUGCUACUCAUGAAUCUAGAAAAUCCCGUGUGCAGGGUCGCAUUUUAAGAGUGAUUUUAUUCUACUGCCGAUCAAACGUGCGCCCGCAGCAUCAGUGGCCUGUGAACCAUAAGAUAUUCACUUUGGAUGUCAUGUACCUUCAUGACAAACCCGGACCUGACAAUUGCCCCCAGGAGGUGUAUGAUACAUUAGUGGAAACUCUUGAACAUGUUACUGAAUACGAGGGUUAUAUCUGGGAGAGUGGACAAGGGUUAGCUAGGGUUCUUUUCCGUCAUGUGUUAAUUCUUUUGUCGCAUCCUCAACAGCGUUGUAUCCAAGAUAAUGUUGACAUCCCUAAAUUGCUCACUAAGAAAGCUCCUCAGGCGGAACCAAUGGCUAUUGAAGAUACUGCUCCAGUUCCAGGGUCCAGUCAGUGAGAAUGACAGUGUCUAAACAGUUUUCUCAUACUAUAUAAGUUAAUGGUUUUAAUGUGUUUGGCUUUUAGAAUUGUACAAGGAUUUUGAGAUAGUAAUAUCUGACUCUUGUGGGCUGGUAAUGUUUUGUAAAUUUAUGUGUUUCUUGGUUGUAUGGAUUGUCAGUUUGUUAGUUAACUGAUGUUUUUAUCCAAA